UCAUAAUCACGGCCCGUGUCGGAUAUAUAAAGGUGUGACCCACUCUUGGCUAGGAUUCUGUGCAAGUUCAACAGUUAAGCAUAAUAAAGCCGUGCAAUAACAGCUCAGUAUCGUUAAAGUCACCCUCCGGUUACAAGUUGUUCAUUUCUGCCCACCAUGAAGCUCAUCAUUGCAGGUAGUUUGGUGGCAAUGGCAGUUGUCCUGCAAACUAUACAAGGAGCACCAACGCCACAAGCCACCGUUGUGCAGAACAACCCGGGAUCUGCCAGCAGCAGCAGUGCGUCAGACUCUGCCCUGGACGAUCUGGAAGGAGCGGAAACUGCCCACAAGGGUUACGGCCAUAAAGGGGGCUACGGAGGAGGAGGAGGAUACGGUGGAGGCUACGGAGGAGGAUAUGGAGGGGGUUAUGGAGGCGGCAAACAUAGAGGAUAUGGAGGUGGCUAUGGAGGUCAUGGUGGAGGUUCUGGGGUGUUUAAAAUUGCUUUGAUCUACGGGGGUGGUCACGGCGGAUACGGCGGGGGACAUCGAGGUGGAUACGGAGGAGGCUACGGUGGACAUGGUCACGGACACAAACACGGCCAUGGGCACUGGGGAUAAUAACGAGUUGAUAGUCGAUAAUUUUUAAGGAUAGUUAAAGUUGUUUAAAGAGGAGUUAGUAUGGUCAAUCAUGAAUGAAAUAAAAUAUCACAAAUGGUAACUUAGUUUUCUAUCAGAAAAAAAAAUCAAAUUUUUAUUUGAAGAUAUACUUUUGUAAAAAGUUCCAAAAAUUACACUUAUCCAUCCGAAGCCACUAUUAUCCGAAGUUUCGAUUAUCUGAGCUCUCAAUACAAUCAAUUAAAAAUUUGAAUAUGCUAUGCUAAUGCUUAUAUGCUAUCUUGUCGCACGAGUAUUUUGGGCCAAAUUGAGUUUAGAACGUGUGCAGCUCUCAACAGAUCCUCAAAAUUCGAUUUCAAUCCUGAUAUUCAAUAAAA